AAAUCUCCGCUGGUGGUAGUGUGCGUGCGGUGCAGCGGGCGCUGAGGAGGGCAACGCAUCAGUGGGUGGUACCGUCGACAUGGUGCUCCCAUCUCGAGGCCAUAUCACCGUCUUCCUACAGCUGCCGUCCGUGAAUCCAGCUGUUCGCGGCCUUGGCUCCGUUCAACGAGGACGCUUGUGUUUAAUACUAUUGUUGUUAAUGAACUGCUCCUUUGUUGCCUCGUUUUUAAUUCUUCCUCUCUCGGUGCGCGCGGCGAACGAGACCUCGAAACGGGUGCGAGUCCAGGAACGGAGACCUCGCCUCGGGGAGCGAUUAAUGGAGCACUAUUCUCUGCUACUGCUGCUUUUCUUCUCCUUCUUGUUUUGGGUCCAAAUGGUGCGUUCCUCGGACCCUCUUCUUUCUCCCAAAGGCGUCAACUACGAAGUGGCGGCUCUGAUGUCCGUGAAGAGUCGGAUGAGGGAUGAGGCCGGGGUGAUGGACGGGUGGGAUAUCAAUUCGGUGGACCCUUGCACAUGGUUCAUGGUCGGCUGCUCCUCCGACGGAUUCGUCAUCUCCCUGUGCGCAUUACUCUCCCGCUGCUGCUGCCUCUUUCUUUUUCCCCUUAACUUGGGGUUCUUUAUUUACUGGCGUUGGGUGAACAGGGAAAUGGCGAGCAAUAGUUUGUCUGGGACUCUGUCUCCAAGCAUUGGCAACCUAAGUCACUUGCAAACCCUGCUAUUGCAAAAUAACAAAAUUUUAGGUACUGUUCCUCCAGAAAUAGGGAAGUUGUCACAGCUGAAGACUCUUGAUAUUUCCAGUAACCAGUUUACUGGGGAAAUUCCAAAGUCGCUUGGGCUUCUGACUCAAUUAGUUUACUUGCGUCUCAACAGGAACAAUUUGUCUGGUCAGAUUCCUGAGGCUGUUGCUAAUCUUUCAGGUCUUUUGUUCUUAGAUGUCUCAUAUAAUAAUCUCACUGGACCAACUCCAAAGAUCCUUGCAAAAGAUUACAGUGUUGCAGGUAAUAUUUUUCUUUGCAACACAUCUCUCUUACAUGGUUGUGCAGAUGUACCCGUACAAUUCAAUGAAACUAAAACUUCAGGACAAACAAACAACCAUCAGUUAGCAGUUGCGAUUCCUCUAAGUGUUGGUUGUACCUUAGUACUGUCUUUGCUGCUACUUGUUUUCUGGUUAUGUUGCUGCAAAUGGAGUAUGCACUUUGCAGCUGACGAUCUGGACUAUGAGUUUGAAAUGGGCCACUUGAGGAGAUUUUCAUAUCGUGAACUUCAAGCUGCAACAGAAAAUUUUAAUGCUAAAAAUAUAUUAGGACAGGGUGGAUUUGGAGUUGUUUAUAAAGGCCAUCUUAGAAAUGGAACCAUGGUGGCAGUGAAAAGAUUGAAAGAUCCCAACUUUACUGGAGAAGUCCAGUUCCAAACAGAAGUUGAGAUGAUUGGCCUAGCUUUGCACAGGAACUUACUACGUCUAUAUGGUUUUUGCAUGACCUCAAAUGAGAGACUGCUUGUUUAUCCUUUUAUGCCAAAUGGGAGUGUUGCUGAUCGUUUAAGAGAUCGUUGUCAAAGUAAACCAUCCUUGGACUGGAACAAGCGCAUGCGAAUUGCAAUUGGAGCUGCUAGGGGUCUUUUAUAUUUGCACGAACAGUGCAAUCCAAAAAUCAUUCACAGGGAUGUUAAAGCUGCAAAUAUUUUACUUGAUGAAAGCUUUGAAGCAGUUGUUGGGGACUUUGGAUUGGCAAAACUGCUUGAUAGAAGGGAAUCUCAUGUCACAACUGCUGUCCGUGGCACCGUAGGACACAUUGCUCCAGAGUAUCUUUCUACUGGACAGUCCUCAGAGAAGACUGAUGUGUAUGGAUUUGGCAUCUUGUUAUUGGAGAUGAUAACAGGACAAAAGACCAUGAGCUCUGGAAAUGGUAAUGUCCAGAAAGGAAUGAUCCUCGACUGGGUCAAGACCUUACAUGAGGAGGAGAGAGUCCAUGAAAUGGUUGAUAGGGAUCUUAAUGGUUCCUUUAGUGCAGCUCAACUGGAAAAUGCUGUUGAUGUUGUUCUUCUCUGCACUCAGUCUAAUCCCAGCCUCCGGCCGAAGAUGUCUGAAGUUGUUAAGGCACUUGAAUCCAUUGCCAGGCCAGCUGAACAAACUGAAGAAUCGAACGGCGAAAUAAUUUACGGGAGGUCUUGCAGUUUCUCAAGAAGUUUUGAUGGUGCUAAUGAAGCAUCUUCUUUCAUCAUCGAGGCGAUAGAGCUCUCAGGACCCAGAUGACCUGCACCGUGAAUCUGUUAUUCGAUUCCUGUUUUGUUUAUCAGAUAGCAAGAUUGGUUAACCCAUACACCACGGACAAGAGCGUCCGAUCAUUUUGGCUGUUGGAGUGAUAGAAACUGUACAUACAGAUGAGGUUGCUGAAACGUUUGAGCUUGUCUAGCAGUCUGCUAUGAACAAUGUGAAUCAACUUGAGCUACUUGUGCACUUGUCAAUCACUCGUUUGAUCA